AGCCUCUGUUUGACAGGUUUGAAGCCCUUGGUAGGUUAGCAAAGGGUUAGCUAUUAGCACGUCUGGUAAUUAGUCUAUUAUAACUUCAACAUAGCUGAGUGUGUUUACAUCAGCCAGUACGUGUUACCAAUUAGCAUUUGUCUUGUUUUUAGCGGGUUUACACUUCUUAUUAAUUGUCUUUUCUAGUUAACAAGUAUAUAAAUGUAAAUUUUUCACCGUUGUGACGUUUUUUAGCAGUAGGGUGAUGACGAUGAUGUGACAAUGAACUGGCCAAUCAGAGAGCCCGAAGGCAGAGCGGAGGGGGGGAGCAGGAGCAGAAGGAUGCUGCUACAGGGAGGGAGGAGAAAAAGGAGGAGGUGAAGAAGAGGAGGAGGAUGAGGAGGGUGCGGAGAGACCAGCUGAGCUGAGGAGCGGAGCAGCCGGAAAUCACAAGGAGGAAAAAGAGCAAAGAGGAGAAGAGGAGGAGGAGGAGGUGGGGUAGGAGGAGCUGCUGCCGCUGCUGAGGAGCGUCUUCAUCAUCUUCAUCAUCGUCAUCACCUCCACACCCUACUGUCAUGGACAAAUACAAACCAAAGAGACCAACAAGCCUGGAUCUGUUCCCACAGCUGCCACCUGCUGGAACCCAGGACACAAUUAACAACAAUUCUCUGGGCAAGAAGGAAAACUGGAAGGAAAAUCACUCGUCUUCACCUCACAUCACAGGAGACCACAAAUCACCUGACAUCAAACCUAAAACCGAGGACAAAGUUCGGCUCAGCACACGCCGUCCAGCCCCCAAGCCUCCCGCGGUCAAUGACAGCAGCAGUAAAAGUAAGAAUGUGGGCGGAGCCUCAUUGGCGGCAGACUCGCGGCUACGUUCACGAGACAAAAACACGCACGCAGCGCAGGUGUCCAACAGUCCGAAAAGCCAGCGCAGGGCAGGAGGAGGGGCUGGACGAGGGAGAGGCGGGGCUGUGACCAAAGAUAAGAAUGUGGGUGUGGUUAAAGGAAAGGAGGGAGGAGCAGGUACAACGGCCAAGGAGGAGAAAAAGACGGGGCGACUGUGUUCAGAGUCCAAAGGGAAGGAAAAGGAGAAAAACGUUUUCCAGAGGAACAAGGAGGCUGCCGCAGCAAAGAGCCGAGGAACUGAGGGAAGAGGGAGGGGCGCCGCUAGAGGAGGAGGAGCAGGAGCAAGAGCAGGAGCAGGAGGAGGAGGAGCAACUAACAGAGCAACAAACAGAGCAACAAACAGAGUGCCGUCAAAAUCCAACAACCCCUGGUCCCAGCAGGAGGUCUAUCUACCAGCCAUGGUGGUUCCACGGACUCCUGUGACCGUGAGGAGAAAGGAGAAAAACCAGGACAAAGUUCCUGCUGCUCCUAAGCAGGACAAGAACCGGGAGAACCCUCCGGUUCUGUCCCGUUCCAGCAGCGAGGGCGGCUCCAACAGAAUGUCCCUCAGCUCAGACACAGAGGGGCCCCCGCCUGGGCCCCUGCAUCCGAGUGUGACCCACCGAACCAACCCGGCUAUCAGUGAGGAGGAGGUGGAGACGGAACCAGGCCCCGCCCUCAACGCUAACAACCCCGGUCUGAGAGGAAGUGGACCGACAGACAUGGACUGUACCACGUCGGAGGCGGGUCCAGGGAUGGGGGCGCAGAGUGACUCAGCUGUUACACAGGACGCAGGUGUAGUCACAGCCCCCUCAGAGGCGGGGCUAAACUAUGACUCGGUCAAGUACACACUGGUGGUGGAUGAAAACGCUGAGCUGGAGCUGGUCAGCAUCAAACACUGUCUCCAUAACGACGACAGUGACGGAGAGACCGUCUACCAGUCGGCCAAUGAGGAUGAAGAUCCAGAGUAUCAGGAGGAAAGGAGCAGGAGGACGGAGGAGGGGGGAAAGAGCACGGAAAAAAGUGAGGAGGAGCCAACAAAGAAAUGGAAGGAGGAGGAGGUGAGAAGGAGGCGGGAGGAAGAGAUCAAGAGGCGAAGAGAAGUUGUCGUCCGGGUGUCCGGCAAGACCAGGUCAACCUCAACGACAGGGUCGGAGGAGGACACAGGGAGAGGAGCAGCUCCCAGGAGCAGGAAGUUCCUCAACCUGUUCUCCAGCCGCAGCAGCAGCGGCAGCAGUCGCUACACAGCCACAGGUGCUGGAUCCUUUGGUGUGUUCUCCUGUCUCCUGGACGGUGUGGAGAGACAGCAAAGCCACCGAGCGGCCUACAGGUUUGUCCCUCGUCAUGCCGACGAGCUGCAGCUGGAGGCCGACGACCCAGUUCUACUGCUGAGUCAGGCUGAGGAUCUUUGGUGUCACGGGUACAACAUGAGGACUGGAGCCACCGGAAUCUUCCCAGCCUUCUAUGUUGUCAAAUUAGCUGCGGACACCGGAGCAGCUCCUACAGGUGGAUAUUUGGAACAGUUCCUGGUCCGCUUCCUGGGUUCAGUUCAGGUUCCCAGUCACCAAGGGCGUGAUGUUCUGUGUGCAGCCAUGCACAAGGUGCUGUGUAACCGCCGCUCGGCCUCUCAGCCUCCGUCCUCAUGUCUCCUGGACAUCAGCAUCAGAGGAGUAAAGAUCAAUGUCCAGGACCAGUGUCACUCUGCUCACAGGGGGGAUCAGUGUUUCCACUUCUUCCAUCUGAAGAACAUCUCCUUUUGUGGUGUUCAUCCCAAACACAGCAGGUAUUUUGGCUUCAUCACCAAACAUCCAGACCAACAGCGUUUUGCCUGUCAUGUGAUGAUGUCAGACACAACGUUACAUCCUCUGGCCAAAUCUCUGGGGAGGGCGUUUCAGCAGUAUUUCAAAGAGCACAUCGGUUACUCCUGUCCCACAGAAGACAUCUUCAUUGAAUAAGGGCCAUUUGAGACCAGGACCAUUUGGUGAAUGUCAGACCUGGGACACACGCUGACAUCUGCUGGUGACUGUGUCAGGGGUGAAGAAAUUAAUCUAUCCAAACAUGUUAGCGUGCUAGCAGUGUUUUAUAAAUGUGCACAUAUGGAAGUAGCCGUGUUUGUUAGCACCACUGCUAGCAUGUAGCGUAAUGCACUAACACAAAGCCUUUUAUUUUGAGAGUCAGUCUUCAGCCAGCAGGGCCAAGCUAACCAUGCUAAUGCCUGCAAUCUCUCUUCUUCUUUGCACUUUACUGUCAGAUCUAAAUCUUGAGUUACAUUACUGCCACCUACUGGAUCUGUUUUACUCUUUUAAUGUAGAAAGGAGGUAGAAAACGUGUUGAUGUUUAAAAGGAACAAAUUUCAGUGAACAUUUUAAUGAUCAGUUAAGUGUUUCUCCUUCAACAUUGUUAAAUCUUAAUGGAUUUAACACAAUUUUUUAAUCAAACUCUUUUUUCUCAGCCCACAGUCCUGAAAGUUACAGCUGAGGUGAAAAUGUGAAUUUGUUUUUUUUUGUUUGCAUGCAAAAAAUUUGCAUCGCAUUCACAUUAAAUACAUAAUCAAAAAUGUGGAAUUAAAAGGAUGUAAUAAGCUAAUGGCUACAACAAAAAAAAAACUCCUUUUCGAGUUGACGAAACGUUAGAAGAGGUCAGUGUUGGUGCCUUUCAUUUGGUCUUUUUCUGUUUGGGGUAAAAACCAAAAAAAGCUUCUGAUCAAAAUCAGAGCAGUUCACAAUGGACGUGACCUGAGUCAUCCAAGAUGGCUGCCACUGGAGUGUAGAGGGUAGCCUACUCCUUACACCUUGACUGUCUAUUUUAACCGGUGCCGACUGUCAAGCAUUAAUAUCAGUUUUUAACGAUGCAUCGUCAUCGUUAUCCCUUGUAGACUUCAACUAGUGCUAACUGUUAACAGCUAUCAUCUGAAUUCAUGUGGCUAAGAGUGAAAACUUUUAUUUAUUGUACCAAAUUCUUUUAGAGACAAAAGUUGAUCAGAAGGCGUCUGAUUGGCCAAAUAGCCUUGGUAUUAUCUUUGGUUGAGGUGAGGCCCAUAUUCUGGAUACCAGGUGUGGUCCAUUACAUUCACAGGAACACAUCAUGUGCUUUUUGUCCACGAGUGGGCAAAGUCCUGUUCUUCCAUGUGGUGGCGCUAACAUACUGUAUUUGUAUCACUGUUCUCAGAGGCUGCUGAUAGUUUGGGUUGUUGUUUUUUUGUUUGUUUUUAGCUUAAAAAUAAAUCUGUCAAUAAAUCUGUCUGUCAGUAUUUAACCCCCUGUGGCAGCGAAGGGUUUUACACUUAUUCUUGUUAUUAUUUUAUAACAUGAUCUUAUCAUUGGACCUUUAAAUAAUUCCCUCUCUGUCACAAAUAUAUUUUUACUCUCUAUUAAAAUCCCACCCUGACAAGAAGACGGAGAUUAAUGGACGUGUAAAUAUCAUGUAAACCAGCAGCCCAGCCUCUGAGGACCAUGAAACAGGAAGUGACCUUCUCCUCUAGGGGAGGGGGGCUGCUGUGACAUCACUCACAUAGAUCUAUGCUGUAUAGACAUUGUACGUAUGUAUGUAAAGUUCUAAAUGUAUGCUGUUGGUACAAACACAGGUUCAAACGGUGCAUGACGUGGUUGUUGUAAAGAAGACGGUGUUUCUGGUCAAUAAAUGGACUUUAUCUGAACAUGUUUCCACCUGUGACUGCGUUGCUGGCCCACGCCGCCAUCAGGUGACCGUCCGUGAGACGUGGACUCAAGAACACAGACUACGACGAGAAGCCUCCUGCAGCUGCAGCCAAUCCCAGUAGUCACCAGGUGGAGGCGGUGUUGAUACAGUUUUCCAGUC